AUGCCCAAGGGAAAGAAGCGGAAGGCGGAGGAAACGGGCAGAGGGAAGGGCACCGCAGGGAGAGAUCGCAAAGACGUGUACCCUAAAGGAAUGCGCAUGGGUGUGCUGCUUCAUGGCGAGGACGAGUGGUUCGGUCAAGGCGCGACAGUGCAUAUGGAUGGGGUGACAAAACAGCCCGCGCUCUCGCCGGCUUGCCACUCAAAUACCCAUGCCCCUUCGCAGUUGGCUUCGAGCGCUCCGUCAUCGCCGAAAUCUCAUCCACGUACACCAUCGCCAUCCCCCUCGGAGCCUGCCCCUCAACUGCAACCCGAAAUCGCACAGGUCUCUUCGUCGCAGUCGCGUCGAAUGAAACCCAAGCCCCGGACUGUCAAAUCUCAGGCAGAAGAAGUUCAACGACGCAGGAAAAUUCUGGAGCAGUCGAAGCAGGAGAUGGAGAAGUCUCGCGCGACCAUCGUUGACCUGGCUCGAGCGCAUACGGCGGACAGCCUGGCCGCCAUGGGGGAAGAACAGCUGAAGGAGAUCCUCACCGACCGGCGGGAGCUUGAUCCGCAAAGGAGCGCCGAAGAGAACACAGUGCGCCUCUGUCUCUGGCUGGGAGUGGCGCUACCUCCCUGUGAGUCCCUGAAAGCUCUACCGCUCGUUGCAAAUCCUCACCUUGUGCCGAAAGUGCUCCGAAACUCAGACGCUCCUCCCCCGAUGUUGACGAAGAAGGCCGCGCUCGCGCGGGAACAGGAGCGAACCCGGCACAAAGCGCAACACAGUCUGGGUGCUGGCGGAGAUACUUCCAGCGAAUCCGAGGACUCUGACGACUCCAGCGAUUCUAGCGACCUCGAUGACCGACUCGAUGGGGAGGUGAGAAGCUUGUCAGCUAUGGAGAACAUCUACAGCACCAGAGACUUCUGCCCGAAGUGCCACGCCGCGCUUCCCGCCCAUCCAUCCCCAAGAUUGAGCAGGAUGGUUACCUCAUCAGCGCCUGCCCGGAUCAAUAAGUGCCUACGCGCCCACUGGGAGACCGAAGUUCUUGUCCAUGCACGGAUCCACGGCUUCGACGAGGUGAUGAUCGACUGGAGUGCGGUGCCCGACCGGGUCAGGGCCUACAGAGGCUUGUUGACCGCUAUCCUAACUGAUCAUGUACCCGAUGCGGUGUCCUUGGACCAACUGCAGUCCGUUGCUCACCUCCGCACCAGCGGCCCCGCUUUGCAGUGCUUCUUUGUGAGGCAGUGCUUGUACGAUCAGGCGACGCUGAGGUUGGAAUACCUAGGGAAAUUGGAGGAGUGGGCAAAAAAAGGACGCAAAGGGGACCCGCCUCGGGACUUGAAGACGUUGCCGCCCUUUUCUCCUGCGCCCAUGGGAUUGUACGGAGAUCUGGAGGAUGAGGGCAGGGUUCUGAUCGAGCGGGUCAUUGUGAAUAUGAUUCCCCUGGAGGACAUUCACAGGUUGCUCGUCGCCUUGCAGAGGGAGUACACAUUUGACGAGCAAUGGCUGCUCCGCAACAUCCUCGUACCGGAAGUCGUGCUGCGCCUGACACUGGAGGACAACCCCCAGAUGAGGAAGGACUUGUAUGUCGCCUGGAGGUAUGUCAGACGCACGUCGCAAUAUGGACAAGGGCGGGAAUUGAACGGGAAGCAACGGGACAUUGUGGAGGACCUGGUCAUGCAUGAGAAUAUGCUGAACAGCAGGAUGGCGCAGAAGAGAUGGUCGUUCGGAGAGCAAGUCAAAUAUUACGCCCCGCUGGUAAUCUAG